GUAUGUAUAAUUUGAAUCAAAAUUAUUUUAUCAGUUCAUUCAGUUCUUACAGGAGUUAUAGUUGUAGUUAUAGUAUUAACUGUUUUAUGUGUAAAUUAUUAAUAUGUAACAAAUACCAAUGACCUAUCGUCCAUACUUUGAAUUCGUAUUUCGUGAUUAUUGAUUAAUAAAUUGAAUAGUUCAUUAGUCAUUGUUUUCUGUUAUAUAGAGUAAAUAAGUGCUGCAAGUUUAGUAAGACAAUUAUUAUAAAUAUUUAUAAUUUACUAUUAUGUAUUAAUAUUUUAUUUUAUAAUUAUUCAAUGGUAAAUUAUUUUAAAAUAAAAUAAACUUAUCGAACAAAAAAAUUUAAUUGUACUGAACGAUUAACUAAUGUCAUACAAAAUGAACAUUUUAAAAAGAUCAAUAAUAAAUGAAAAACUAAAACUAUUUAUUAGACAAUUAGCAACAUUGAAAAAUGCAAAUGAACCUACACCAAUGACUGUUUUUGACAGAAAAGCUAAAGUUAUUCAAAAACAACGAGCAGCAAUAGCAGAAGACAGUUCAGUUUAUGAAUAUAUCAAAGAAGAAAUUGGAUAUCGUUUAUCAGAUCGCCUCUUUGAUAUAAAACGUCAAUUUAACUUAGUAGUUGAUCUAGGUUGUGGAUAUGGACAUGUAUCAAAACACAUUUCCAUAGACAAUGUAAAAGAGUUGAUUAUGUGUGAUAUAUGCCAAGAAAUUUUAAAUAAAUCCAAAAAUCCUGAGCCUGGAGUAAAGGUCAGUAAAAUAGUAGUAGAUGAAGAGAAAUUACCUUUUGAAAAUGAUAGUAUUGAUUUAAUAAUUAGUUGUUUAAAUCUCCAUUGGGUAAAUAAUUUACCUUCAACUUUUCUACAAAUUAAAAAUUGUUUGAAAAAUGAUGGAGUUUUUCUAGGAGCAAUGUUAGCAGGCGAUACUUUAUAUGAAUUACGGUCAUCAUUACAAUUAGCAGGCAUUGAACGUGAUGGAGGUGUAGCGCCUAGAAUAUCACCUUUUGUCCGUCUUAGGGAUGUAGGAGCAUUAAUGCAAAAUGCAGGAUUUUCUAUGCUAACAUUGGAUACAGAUGAACUAAUUAUUCGUUACCCAUCAAUGUUUGAACUAAUGUGGGACCUAAAAGGCAUGGGAGAAAAUAAUGCUGUUUUACAUCGGCCUUUGCGACUAAAUAAGAAUACUAUGUUUUCUGCAGCUGCUAUAUAUGAUAAACUUUAUGGUAAUCAAGAUGAUAACAGCGAUACUAAAGGUAUUCCAGCAACAUUUCAAGUUUUGUACAUGAUAGGGUGGAAGCCAGAUCCGUCACAACCAAAACCAUUAUCUAGAGGCUCAGGACAAAUUUCAAUUAAAGAUAUAGGAGAACUUGAUAAGAUUGUCAAAAAUUUAGGAAAAAUUGAAACAUAACUUUCUUAUUAACCAAAAAAAUGUAUAACUUUUAUUUAUUUACUAAGUUGUAAUUAAUUGUGUUAUAAAUGAGAAAAAUUAUUACCUAAUGAGAUUAGUUAAAUUUAGUAAUUUGUACAGUAUUGAUGCAUGAAUAUUUCAUGCAAAAAAAUUUAGAUAUGCAUACAAAUAAACAUAUUU